GCAAGCGUGGGGCCAAAGGGAGCAGGGCUAUUCUCUCUCCCCCGCGCCCCCCAGAGAGACCAUUCGGGGUCUCGAACCCAUUGUCUCAACUUUGCAAACGCCAACCCCACGGAAAGAGCUGUAAGCUAGGAGUUCAGGACACCUGCGUUCUGAUUCUAGCGCUGACAUUUAAAUUUGCUGUAUGGCCUUGGCCCCCGGAAUUGCUUUCCCUCCCUAGGGAGAGGCUGGACUAACUAACCUCCAAGACCACUUUCUCUCCAGGCAUUCUCUCUCUGCAGGAGGAUUGGAGUGGGAAGAAAUGGCUAGUCAGGACUCGAUGCCAAAGGUGAAAGACCUGGCUUUUCUAAAGAAUCAGCUGGAACAUCUACAGCGGCGACUAGAGGAGGAAGUCAAGACAGGUGUAGAACAGGAAGGCUCGUUCCUGUCAUCUCCUUUUCUCAAGGGCUUCCUGGCCGGCUAUGUUGUAGCCAAAUUAAGAGCAUCUGCAGUGAUGGGCUUCGCAGUUGGUGUAUGCACUGGUGUGUAUGCAGCACAGUCCUAUGCAGUCCCCAACGUUGAGAAGACCUUGCAGGAUUAUCUCCAAGCCCUUCGUAAGGGACCUAACUAGUGCACCCUCAGCAGUC